GCGCACCGAGUGCGCACUAGUGCAAGCAACCGAAUUCGCUAUAUGAAUACCGGCCUAUGACGCACUCUCUAUUCCGCAGCUCUUUUACCCCUUGUCCACAACCUUGCUUUAAUUCUUAAGCUGUAAGACCAACCACAGUUGAUUAUUUUUAAAAUAAUAUACUGUGGUUGGUCAAUUUAUUACGGCUUAAAGAUUAAAGCAAGUUUGUGGACAAGGGGUUAUUCUGCAUGUAAUUUUACCUCAAAUGUGACUUAUAAACCUUCUAAUAGACUUUCAGGCACACUUUUACCGAUAAAAGGGAGUUCAGAAAAAAGCCAAUUGCAUCAGUGUUAUUCGCUUUAAUUUACAGCAAUAGAAAACUGCAACUUUUUGAAAAAUCAGAUUGAUCUCUUCAAUGUCGGUCAGUCUACUGAAGAGGAAAAGCAUAACGAAAACAGUAGUACCGAGAACGGUUUUAAUCGCGAUCCCCAAUUCUGUGGAAUUUCGCAAUUAUGAGUCCAACAGGUUGUAUCAGAAAGUUGUCUCAUUACAAAACGUAAGCACGUCUUUAGUCAAAUUUCAAUUGGUGACAAGAUCCAGCGAUUCUCGAUUCAUCGUCGCAAUUGAAUCCAAGGGACAAAGGGGCGGUAUCCCUCCAGGAAUGCGUGUAAAACUGAUUGUCUCUUUUCGUUGUGACACCCUAGACGAGCCCGAAGAAACGCUAACGUAAUUAACAUCUCGUACUUUCGAUAUUCACAAAAAGGAUCGUAUGCAAUGACGAGAGAUACAGAAUGGGAAAUCCCGUUUAGGCAAAUAUAUUCCUGCAAAGAGUCUAUCGGCAGAAGUAGCGAUGUAUCGAGCGCGUCUACAGAGAGUUUU